AAUAAGCAAAUCUAGCCAGAAGUGAACAGAUAAUCACAAAGUUGUAAAUAGAAUCCUACCUUCAACGAACUACCCUCCUUCAUAGAGGCAAUCCAACAAAUUGAAAAGAAUAAUCUCAAUAAAUCCAGUAUGUCGUAUUGCUCUGUUUAAAUGAAUCAGAAAAUUCUAUCUUCAUAUGGAAUGGACCCAUCAAGUUUCUUGAUUGGUGAGGUCGUAGUAAAGUAAGUCCAUCCACUGUCACAUCCUACUUUUUGAAUCCAUAAUAAAUGAAUUUACUUGAAGUGGGUGGAGGGUGGAAUAGACAGCGCAGACUGCAGACAUACAUGAUCAGUGCCACAAAAGUGUCAGUUAAAGAACUGAUUUCUCCCGCGAAAAAGCUCAACCUUUAUCUCUAAUGAUUUGGAAGAGCUUAUUACAAGGGAAUAGAAGAAAAUGGUGAAAGAAACGGAGUACUAUGAUGUUCUUGGGGUUUGUCCUUCUGCAUCAGAGGAGGAGAUUCGCAAGGCUUACUAUCUUAAGGCCAGGCAAGUUCACCCUGACAAAAACCCCGGUGAUCCACAAGCAGCUGAAAGAUUCCAGGUAUUAGGAGAAGCAUAUCAAGUUUUGAGUGAUCCUGUGCAGAGAGAUGCUUAUGAUCGCAAUGGAAAGCACUGCAUAUCUAAGGAAACAAUGCUUGAUCCCACAGCUGUUUUUGCUCUUCUCUUCGGAAGUGAACUCUUUGAAGACUAUGUUGGGCAUUUGGCCGUGGCAUCAAUGGCUUUAACAGAAUUUUCUGUUGAAAGCAAGGGCCCUGAUGAAAUCCAAGAAAGACUCAAGGAUGUUCAAAGAGAGAGGGAAGAAAAGCUUGCUAGGAAACUUAGAGAUUUCCUUUACCAGUAUGUUCGUGGCGACAAAGAAGGCUUUUUGAAACAAGCUAAAUCUGAGGCUGAGAGGCUUUCACAAGCAGCAUUUGGAGCUGAAAUUCUCCAUUCGAUCGGAUACAUAUACACAAGACAGGCAGCAUUGCAGAUUGGGAAGAAAGUGUAUCUAGGAGUGCCAUUUUUGGCAGAGUGGGUGCGCCAUAAAGGGCACGUCUUAAAAUCACAAUUCACGGCAGCAAAAGGUGCUUUUCAGCUGCUGCAGCUUCAGAAAGAUAUCAGGCGCGACUUCAAGACGGAUGGCAGUGGUCCAGAAAAUGAUUUGGAAUCACAUUUAAGAUUGAAUGAAGCGACACUAACGAAUUCACUUUGGAAACUGAAUAUUGUUGACAUUGAAUUAACUCUAAUACAUGUGUGCCAAAUGGUGCUCCAGGACAACAGUGCAGGAAAGGAAGAGAUCAAAAUGCGAGCAGUGGCUUUGAAAUCGCUAGGAAAAAUUUUUCAGAAUCAGAAGUCUGUACAAAAUGCUGAGACAUCAAAGAAGAAGAUUGAUUCAGCAGAGGAAGAUGCCAGCAGUUCUGAUAGCAGUGAUGGAGAAGACGACUCGCCAAGAUCAUUGAACUACAAGACUCCUUUCCUUACACAAGGCAUUGGAAAACUAUUCAGGUGUCUUUGCAACCCAGCAUUUGAUGUGGAUGAUGAAGAAAUUGUGUACAGAGGACGAUGAGAGCAUGAUAAUCUUGUAUAAAACACUCUCUAGCGGCAGAAUGUCUCCACCUGGAAUUUCCUAUACUUUCCUAUCAUUUCUUUGUUUCCUGAUGCACUCAUUUUGCAAUCCAGCUUGCCAACUGUAAGAAACUGUAGAUAUAUUUUUUCAGCUGUGUUUUGUUUUUUAUUUUAUGUUUGGAUAUUUCUGAGGUGAGAGUAGUUUUGUAACUGAUGCUUUAUUAUGAAAAAUUGGUGUUGGGUGUGUGAUA